AUGGUCCGCGGCGCAGAAUACGACAACGGUCUCCCGCAGAGCGACAACCCCAUCGAGAACGGUCCUAACAAGGCACACGGACUCGGCAAUGAGCCCGCAGACUUGAGCCGCUCACACAAGGCUGCACCCCUACCAGAGCAGACUGGAUCUGGUCGUGAGGUUCACCCUGGUUUGCCUACUGCGGGAUCGGUUCAUCCCCAUGGUGGUGCUGCGAAGCCUAUUUCUCUUGAUGAGAAGAACACGGCUGGUAAAUAA